AGCAGCAGCAGCAGCGCCAGUGGCAGCAGCAUCUCAAAUCUCAACGCAUCUGCGCGUCUCCGUCCGAACUGCCUUUACUCGGGCCAGUCAUUCCCCUCAGCCCCGUUACCGAUUGAGAUUUUACAGCGCCUUUGGAUCUUUGGCCAUUCGAACCGAGAGCUCGCGCGUCAGCCGCAUUCGACGGACUACCGGUUCCGUUUAUACCCCAGUUUCUUGAAUUUUUUAUGGAAAAUGGCGAUAUUGCCUCAGUUCACCAGUGUGUUCUGCCUCCUCGCCGUCCAAACUGUGCUGCUCCUCAGCUUCUCUUCACCGGGAAUGGCAACGCUCCGGUUUCCUCAGCACUACACGAUGAUUCACUGGGCCGGUCGUAUAGAGAAAGAGUUGGAGAAGGUGCUUCAACUGGUCACCGGAGGUCAACAGAUGAAAGGAAUUUAUAGCGAGAAGAGAAGUCAGUUUGACGUGGAGCGAAACACACCCAAGCAGCUGGUGGAGAAAGUGGCGGGGGACAUCGCCAAACUGCUCAACAGGAAACGCAAAGCUCUUGAGAGGUUGGCUAGAGAGGCCGAGGACAUCCAGAGAGAACAUUCAUGGCAAGACGGCAUCAAAGAAACCGACAUCCAGUACUACGAUUCCAAAGCCGACUCAGAUUACCAGUCGGAAGGUGAUGAUGGAGAAAACCUCAUGGAAAACCCAAACUCUCUCUCUUUGGAGUUUGUGGAUGACCCUAACUUUAAGAACAAAGUCAACUAUUCAUAUACUGCUGUACAGAUUCCUACAGACAUCUAUAAAGGCUCUCCCACUAUUCUGAAUGAGUUGAACUGGACUCAAGCUCUCGAUCGGGUCUUCAUUGAGAACAGUCGAGAAGAUCCCUCACUACGCUGGCAGGUGUUUGGCAGUGCCACUGGUGUCACCAGAUAUUACCCAGCCACUCCGUGGAGAGCACCCAACAAGAUUGACCUGUAUGAUGUGAGGAGACGCCCGUGGUAUAUUCAGGGUGCUUCGUCUCCAAAGGACAUGGUCAUCAUUGUGGAUGUGAGCGGCAGUGUAAGCGGACUGACCCUGAAUCUCAUGAAAACCUCUGUCUAUGAAAUGCUAGACACGCUUUCUGAUGAUGACUACGUAAAUGUGGCCCGGUUUAAUGAGAAAGCAUACGCUGUGGUACCAUGUUUUACGACACUGGUUCAAGCAAACAUAAAGAAUAAGAAGAUCUUCAAAGAGGCAGUGAAGAACAUGCUGGCCAAAGGGACAACAGACUACAAGACAGGCUUUCAGUUUGCCUUUGACCAGCUGUUGAAUGAGACCAGCGCUCCGAGGGCGAACUGUAAUAAGAUGAUAAUGAUGUUCACGGACGGCGGUGAAGAUCGUGCUCAAGACAUCUUUGAGAAGUACAACUGGCCAAACAAAACAGUAAGAGUUUUCACAUUCUCAGUUGGUCAGCACAACUAUGAUGUCACUCCACUGCAGUGGAUCGCCUGUGCCAACAAAGGUUACUAUUUUGAGAUCCCUUCCAUCGGGGCCAUCAGAAUCAACACACAGGAAUACUUGGAUGUUCUGGGUCGGCCAAUGGUGUUGGCAGGCGAAAGGGCGAAACAGGUGCAGUGGACCAACGUGUACCAGGAUGCCCUGGGUCUAGGUCUCGUCAUUACCGGAACAAUGCCAGUCUUCAAUCUCACAGCUGAUGGGGACUCGAAAAAUCAGCUGAUUCUUGGUGUCAUGGGUGUAGACAUUGCCCUGAGUGAAAUUAAAGAACUCACACCACGGUAUAAGCUUGGAGCCAAUGGUUACACAUUUGCCAUAGAUCCCAAUGGCUAUGUUCUCCUUCAUCCAAACCUACAGCCUAAGAUCAUUAACUUCAGAGAGCCGGUCACACUGGACUUCUUGGAUGCUGAACUCCCAGACCGAAACAAAGAAGAUAUUCGGCGUCAAAUGAUUGACGGCAGGGCAGGACACAGGAAAGUCAAGACAUUAGUGAAAUCUGUGGAUGAGCGUUACAUUGAUGAGGCCAUGAGGACGUAUAUAUGGUCUCCAGUGGAGGGCACAGAUUACAGCCUUGGUUUAGUUCUGCCAACCUACAGUGAGAAUCACAUCAGGGCCAACCUGAGCGACCAGAUACUCCAAGUCCAGUACGGAUCGGACUUCAAGGAUUUUGAGUCUCUCCUGCCAAACACUUUUGAAUCAGAGGGACAUGUGUUCAUUGCCCCCAGGGAAUACUGCAAAGAACUGGAGCUGUCCAACAACAACACAGAGUUCCUGCUUAACUUCAUCGCUCUGAUGGAGAAAGUCACACCUGACUCCAAACAAUGUGACAAUUUCCUGUUGCAUAAUCUGAUCUUGGACACGGGCAUCAUCAGGCAGCUGGUUGAUAAAGUCUGGAAGACCAAAGAUCUCAACACGUAUGGCUUUUUGGCUGUCUUUGCAGCCACAGAUGGAGGCGUCACUCGAGUGUUCCCAAAUAAGGCUGCUGAGACAUGGGAGGAAGAUCCAGAACCAUUUAAUGCAGGUUAUUACCGUCGCAGUCUGGACAACAAGGGAUAUAUCUUCAGAGCGCCUUAUCGCACUGCUAAUGAUGACAUACUGAACCCAGAGAACGACACCAUCGGGAUACUGGUUAGCACAGCAGUGGAUAUCACCAUUGGAUCCAGAAACCUCAAACCUGCAGUUGUGGGUGUAAAACUUGAUCUAGAAGCUUGGACCGACAAAUUCAAGAUACUGGCGAGCAACCACACAGAAAGCAACCGACAGAGCUCUCAAACGUGUGGCCCAACCAGUGGCUGUGAGAUGGACUGUGAGGCCAACAGUGAUGACUUGCUGUGCUAUCUGAUAGAUGAUGGAGGUUUCCUCAUCAUGUCCAAUCAGAAAGACCACUGGAAUAAGAUUGGUAUGUUCUUCAGUGAGGUGGAUUCCGCCCUUUUUUACGCCCUCUACAACAACUCCCUCUUCAAGCGCAAGCAGUCUUAUGACUACCAGUCAGUGUGUGAUCCUGUACCCAGCAGCAACACUGGGGCCGCCCCACGAGGAGUGUUUGUGCCUACUAUUGCUGAUGUGUUAAAUGUUGCAUGGUGGACGUCAGCAGCUGCCUGGUCACUGCUUCACCAAAUGCUGUAUGGAUUUGCCUAUCAUAGUUGGUUCAUGACAGAUGAGGUAGAUGCUGAGGGAUUGGACUUCAAAGAGAUGAGCUGUGUGAUGGUACAGACACAGUUCUACUUCAGUAACAUCAGCAGCUCUUACAACAUACUGCAGGACUGUGACAACUGCUCCAGAUUAAUUCAUGCUAAGAGAAUAAACAACACUAACCUGCUGUUUGUUGUGGCUGAAAGACUCUCCUGUAACUCCUGUGAAAUGGAGAAACUGUCUCAGAUGGAGAAAGAAUACAAAGAAACAAAUACAUGCGAGACAAUAGCCACAGCCCGGUAUAGAAAAGGACCAACGACCUGUUUCGACUACAAUGUUUUAGAGAACACAUCAGAUUGUGGGCGGGGUCACUCGUUCCGCCCCUCCCUCCUCACUUUACUCCUCCUCCAGCUCCUCCUCCUGUCUGUUAUGGCCCACCCCUCUGUUUAACUCCAUCCUCCUCCUCUUCCUUCUCGUCCCCUUAAUUCUGCAUUUCUCCUUUAUCUCCCCGUUGCUCUAGUCAUAGUUAAUACAAGGGACUUCCUUCCGCCCUUAUAUGGAAGCCCAAGUUGUACUGCUUCAUCAACUUAGCUUCACAGGUUGUUGCUUAGUGACCGUUGCAGAACUUUGAUGUCUCCUGCCAAUCAAGAGCAUUUGUGGGAGGAGCUAAAAGUGUCUUUACGAAACAGGAAGCUAAAUAUGGAAGCCACAAAUAUAUGGAAAGGAGACAUGUUGGAAAACGACACAGACUGUUCCCUCACAAAACACCCGCCUUUGCGGCGGUAAGGGGUUAAGUUUCACUUGACUCCACCUCUGAAGGUCAAAGGUCAUCCUCAUCUUCAUCCAUUACAGUAACCUGUGUCUACAGGGCUACAGGACAUUCUGACGCCAUCUAGCUUGCGGUAAUAAGAAAAUAACAGAAACAAUAAGAGCAGAACAUGUGAUUAUCAAAAUUAUCAGUAACAACGUGAGUAUUAAAAAUAUACCUCCAUAUAUUAAGAUAUUUAAUGAGAAAGGGAAGAUGAUAGGUGUUAUUUAUUCAAUUAUCUUUUGUUUAUUUAUGCACUAUAUCUACUUCUUGCCAAAAUAAGACUAGUUGUGUGGUCAAAUUUUUCUAGCCAAAUUAGGAGGUAGGAAAAACUAAAAUGGCUCACAUGUGUGAACGAAGUACUCAUGUUGAGAUAAAAGCAGUAUUAUAACUCAUAUCACUCAUAAGGGCUUCAUAUAUUUAUUAUUUCAUUUUAUUUUACUCCCCAGAUCAGAAUAGUUUCGAAUUUUUCAUCAGCUCAUGUGUUUGUCUGGUGAAAAGCUUAACACAAGGCAAACUAUAUUAACGCCUCCGUAAUAAAAUAACUGCGGCUAAUUUGUAAGAACGUGUUCGUUUUUAAACAAUCAAGAAGGGAUUUGGUAAGUGGAGAGAGAUUGAUGGAUUGAAAUGAUAUGUGAUGAAAUCAGUUUGCAAACUCUAAAUCUAUUAUAUACAUACAAUUUUCCAUAAUCACAGAUUGUACAUUGCAUUCAAACGAGCACUUCACAACACAUUCUGAUCGUUUGCACCAUUGUUUACAAUGAAGGAUUUGUCAGUGAAUAGUAAUGCGAUGAAACCAUGGUUCUAGUUAAUGUGAUCACUAUUGUACUGUAGAGCAGAAUAGUUUUAUUUUUUAUAUACAUAAGGCACAAAACAUUUUCUACACAAGUAUGCGAAUGCAAAUGCUUGAAAUUAGGGCUGCACGAUUAUGACAGAAAUCAUAACUGUCAAUAAUUUCCCUUGCUAUUCCAAUUCCAUUUUGAUUCGUAUAACUAACAUUAUAUUACACAACAGACAUGUCUGAUUAGUUAUAAUGUUCAACAUCUGCAUAAAAACAUGUAAAUAGAACAUUUUGACGCGAUGGGAGUAGGCCUAAAUCAAAAUGUUGUAAUUGACAGUUUUCAUGAUUAGUUCACGAUUAGCUGUAAUUGUAAUCGGGAUUAUUUAUUCAAAUUAAUUGUGUAGACCUACUUCAAAUACACAAGUUCGAUGUCAGAUGCCAUUGCAUUUUGAAACGCACCAGAACACAAUUCAUUACGCAGUGCCAGUAUGCUUUGUAUUCUCAGCGUAUAAUUAGCAUAAACCUCUUCUUCAUGGCGGAGCAACUGUUUGAAGAGAAUCUUGCUGAGCAAGUUGGCUAAAGUAAGCUGACAUGUUUAUAGCUAGUUAUAUGAAUAAUAACACAUCCGUUUUAAUGGCACAGAUAUUAAAAGGGAACUCUUAUCGCUCCCCUUGAGUACUGAGAUUAAUACCGCCACAGUACAAGGGAACGUUCGUUACAUUUGCAUCCAUCUUUGUGUACUUGCGUAGAGUAUGUUUCAGACCUAAGAGAUGUUUUAACCAGUUUUUAGUAGCUAUCAAUUAUCAAGAUAACAUCAUUUUUUUGUUUUGAAAUGUUUGUAAUGUGAUGAAAUUGCAGCAAAAAUUCAUGUUUUGGCCGAGUUCUAUAUUAUUCUCUUUUAGCUGUGCCUUGAUGCACUUUUACAUUAGACAGCACUGAUCAUAGAGCACGAUAAUUAUAGAGACAGUUCAAUGAGCUAUAUAAGGUUACAGUAAGAGCCAUUUCAUGGGCCGUAUAACCAACAUAGGCUGUGUUUGGAAUGGAAAACUAGUGCACUGCAUACUGUACAGUAUACACUGUAUACUGCCUGUUAUUUUUUUAAAUAGUGUGUGAAACAGUACGCAUUAAUCAAUGAUAAACAUUUGAAACCGUAGAAUGCUACAUUGUUGUCUCUUGCCCUCAUUAUCUUGCAUAUUUAAUGCUGUAAGUGGCGUCCAGUUAUCAUCUUGGACAUUCAAAUAGUUCAUUUGCAUUUUGUAAUCCAAUUUUGUGUAAAAAAAAAUAAAAUAAUAAAUCUUAAUUCUUGGCUGUCUGAUAAGAUUAGUCAAGAAGGAGAUAAAAAUAACAGGUUCAUUCAUCAAACUGGAAAUGGAAGAAGUUUUUAGUUUGGUAAAUUGAAUGGGUCAUUUGGGUAUUUCUUCAUGCAUGCACACAUUAUACAAUACAUACUGCAGAAAUACUCUAUUGUUAAGCCAGUGUUUGCCAUAUCCUUUAGACCCCAGUUGAGAUUUAUUGCGAUCUAUCCCUGAUAUUUUAUCAAUCUAAAUGUAAACAAACCCUGAUUAACUCAUAAGAAGCACCUUAUACAUUUACUUUGUCAGUAAAUGCGCUCAGAUCCUUAUUUACUGAUCCUCAGUGCUCGGCAAAUAUUUUAUUUUCACCCAUCUCUGUGGCCAUCACCUUCAACAUAAAGUAAAGAUGUGUUAACAAACACCAUCAUAUAUUGUGGAGCCGUCUUAAGCAUUGUCUUGGAAAGACCUGCACAUUUGUAGGACCUUGUCACUUACACUAUACAAACAUAAAGGUUACUCAGUGGUACUUUGUAGCACUUUAUGUUCAGCAAAGAACCUUCUUCGGAUAGAAGUACAGGCUGUUCAAUGGGUUGUACUGUAGCCUUGCACUUGCUGUUGAUCGUUAAGUGGACAAAACAUUGCAAAGACUCCAAAAAAACAUGGGUUGUAAACAUGUGAUGUGACCUAAAGACAGUAUAAAACACAUUGAAUGCAAUGUACUUGUUUUCAUUUGCAUCUAAUUUGUCAAAUAUUGCGUCUUAUGGUCCAUCGGGUUCUUAAGUUGACUACAAGGUUCUUGCUCUUACAGUAUAGAGUUUUCAGAUCAGUCUGUUGAUUCCUGGCUUCAUUGAAGCACCAGAUGGUUUUCUCAAGAACUCAAAGAUUAAAACUUCUAUGUGGAACCUAAAAACUUUCCCAUAUAAAACCCUUUUCUGAUUCCCAAACCUUUCUUUUUAAGAGUGUACUUUUGUGGGUGAAGUUCUUGUGACUGAGUAUGGGUAAACUAGGUGUUAGAGUUGCAAAACUGACCGCUCUACAUCAGCUCAAUCCAUUUUAAGCUUCAUAAUGGAGGUGCUCUGGUUAUAGAGUCUGGAGUUAGUUUCGUCUGGUUUGUUUGAGGGAGUGAGUGUAUAUAUGUGUUUGUUGGUUUACUAAUGGUUGAGGAAAUGAAUCAGUGUUUGCUGUUAUGAAGUAUUUGAAAUAACUGUGAAAAAUAGACAAUUUUAUGCGAAGUACUUUUGAGAGUAUCGUCAUUGUUGGUGUUGCAGGAAUGAUAACACAAAAGUGUCAAACGAAUGUUUCAUAUCUGUCUGUCUCAACGCAAUCCGUGCUAAAACACUUCACUUAAUGUUCACGUUCACCCAAAAAUUCAAUUUUGUCAAUUUAUUCACCCUCAUUUUGUAUAAAAUUGAUAUGAUCUUAAUUGCAUGGAAAACAAAAUCAGAUGUUUUACAAAACUGUCAAACUGCUCUUUUCCUUUUAACAAAUAUAUAUAGUUACCUGAGACCACCAAGCUUCAAAAAAGCACCAUAUAAGGGUUUGGAACAACACAGGGGUGAAUAAAUGAUGACAGAAUGUCAUUUUUGGGUCAUCUACUCCUUUAUUGUUCUCAUUUACUCACAAACAGAUUUCAAGAUGUAUUUUAUAGACAUAUUAUUUGAGAGGUGAAUGGUGCAUGUUUGACACUGAUGCUAGUGGACACAUUUCUAAUAUCACUGUUUCCUGUCUGAAUUUUGUAUAUCAGCUUUGCGCCACCUUCAGAACUAAUUGAUUUUAGAGGAUAUUUGAUGUAUAUGCUUAAUGUCAGGUUGAAAGUUGAGCUUAAUUCAAUGGACUGUACAUACAGUAUCACUAAUAUAUGAACUUGAAUGCAAUCCUUAUCUUCACAAUAUCAUCUAUGACUCAUAUGUUUAAAUGGCAUAAUGCACAUUCUGAUGAAUUUCUGAAUCCGUCAACAAUAUUAAACACACGUUGUUCCUGAAUUUAUAUUUGACAAAACUAAUGACAAAAAUACCCAUAAAUAACUUCCUGUUUCAAUAUAUGUGCACGGUCAUAUGUGGUGAUGUACAAAAAAAAACAAAAACUGAAGACCUUUAUGGCAAAAACGGAAAUGAUGUGAGAAGUUAAAGAGAUAGUUCACCCCAAAAAUUAAAAUUCUGUCAUCAUUUACUCAAUCUCAAGUCAUUCCAAACCAGAAAGAAUCUCUUUCUUUUUUUUUUUUUUUUCUUAUUUUAAUAUGGAAUGCCCAAUUCCCAAUGCACUGUAAGUCCUCGUGGUCGCGUAGUGACUCGCCUCAAUCCUGGUGGCGGAGGACGAAUCUCACUUGCCUCCGCAUCUGAGACCGUCAAUCCGCGCAUCUUAUCACGUGGCUUGUUGAGCGCAUUACCGCGGAGACAUAGCACGAGUGGAGGCUUCACGCCAUCCACCGCGGCAUCCACGUACAACACACCACGCGCCCCACCGAGAGCGAGAACCACAUUAUAGCGACCACGAGGAGGUUACCCCAUGUGGCUCUACCCUUCCUAGCAACCAGGCUAAUUUGGUUGCUUAGGAGACCUGGCUGGAGUCAGAAAGAAAGACUGUAUUUCUUAAGUGAAACACAAAUAUAUUAUGUUACAUAUUAUAAAAGUGAAUGGGUACAAGGGCUGUCAAUCGGCAAAAUUGUGAAACAAUAGUCCAAGUUUCAAAACACAAUUCGACAAGUUUGAAUACACGAAAGCACAAAAGAAAUUUGAAAGAUAUGGUGUUAGCAAAACAUUUUCAGUGACGACAAAGGGACAGUUCACCCAAAAAUGAAAAUUCUGUCAUCAUUUACUCAACCUCAUGACAUACCAGAUGUGUAUGACUUUCUUUCUUCUGCUGAACACAAAGAUUUUUAGAAGAAUAUCUCAGCUCUGUAGGUCCAUACAAUGCAAGUUAAUGAUUGCCAGAUCUUUGAGGGUCCAAAAUGCAUAUAAACACAGCAUAAAAGUAAUCCAUAUGACUCCACAGUAGUUAAAUCCAUAUCUUCAGAAGUGAUAUAAGUGUGGGUGAGAAACAGAUACAAAUGUACUAUAAACCUCGACUUUCACAUUCUUCUUCGUUUGUUUUUGGCAAUUCGCAUUCUUUGUGCAUAUCACCACCUACUGGGCAGGGAGGAGAAUUUAUUUUAAAACUAUUUUUCUUAAAAUCUUCGUUUGUGUUCUGCAUCAGAAAGAAAGUCAUACACAUCUGGGAUGGCAUGAGGGUGAGUAAAUGAUGAGAGACCUUUCAUUUUUGGGUGAACUAUCCCUUUAAAUUUCAGCCUGUUCCUCAAAUCUACAAUAUGAAGGUGAGUAAAUGAUCAGAAUUUUCGUUUUUGCACGAAUUAUUAAUUUAAUGUCGAAACUUGUCAACUUUUUUUUUUUUUUUUGCCUGUUUAUGAAAACAAUCUGCAAUUUUACUACAUAUCAGAGCAAAGAAAGUGCUUUAAAAGGUGGAAAUAUGCCUUGUUCUUUAUUCUAGUGAGUUAUAUCAAAACUUUGUCACACUUUUUAUUUGUUUUAAUUUUAUUUCUUGAGGAAAGUGUAUAAUUGUCUUAAUACUGGAACACUGUCGAUGUACAGGGGCAUGGAACUGCCCACGUUAGCGAAACACAUUUUUGGCAAGACACCACGAUUAAAUGAUCAUGAAUGCAUCUGUCUUUUGUCACAAUUCUAAGUACCUUGCUUUUAAGUGGUCUGAAAGAUUUGCUUUUGCCAAAUAAAAAAAGAGAAAAAAAUAGUAUUCAUAAAGAAAAGCUAAAAAGAGGAAGCAGCUUGAACAAGGGGAGGGGUCUGCUCUAUAACUCACCCACUGGGAGGAGUCAUUCAUUUAGACCCUCCCCCUCCAAAGCAACAUCCUUGUAGGUGCAUUUCCAUCAGCGAGAUGUGUAUGUGAUUACGUAGUCUUUAGUCUGGUGCUCCGUGACAAAUGUGUAAAAAAAAAAAAUAUGUAUAUUAAAAAAAGGAGAAACUGAAUUUUAAUAUGAGUGAGGUUUAACAGUGUAUUAACGAUCCAAAAAUAGAAUCACAGUACUGCUGAUAAUACUCAUGAGUUGAGGUCUGAUAUCAUGGUGAGCGUAUUUUUCUUUCGUUUGUUUAAUGGAUCGUGUGUUGGGGGCUCAGUGCCUUGUGUCUGGGUCUAAGUUGCUCCAUUUAUUUCUUUUUUGUACAGACAACAAAAAAAAGACAAAGGGAACAUUUGUAAAAUAUUGUGUCUGUGACUCCUUGUAAAAUAUUUUCAAAUUGUUUAUUACAGAGAAUCAGUUAUUAAAUAAUGUUCAUAUUUUUCACUUCA